AUGAAGGUCGAGAGUUCGGACGGCGAAACUGGCACAGUGAUCAGCCUCCCGCCGGCGGUUUUUCCGACGGCGAAAGCUCCGGCGACCGGAGGGGAGAGCGAGAGAGAAGAGGAGGAGCUGUUUGUGCCGCCUCUGAACUUUGCCAUGGUCGAUAAUGGCGUUUUUAGGUCUGGCUUCCCCAGUUUCGCCAAUUUCAGCUUCUUGCAAUCUCUAGGGAUCCGAUCCAUCGUAUACUUGUGUCCGGAACCCUACCCGGAGGCGAACGUCGAGUUUCUGAAGGCGAAUGGGAUUGGGCUUUAUCAGUUCGCGAUCGAAGGAACUCAGGAGCCUUUUGUAAACAUUCCGGAGGAAACAAUUCGCGAGGCACUGAAAGUUGUUCUUGAUGUCAAGAACCGCCCUCUCCUAAUUCAUUGCAAACGAGGGAAGCACCGAACUGGUUGUCUCGUGGGAUGCUUAAGAAGAUUGCAGAGAUGGUGUCUAUCAUCCAUUUUCGACGAGUAUCAAAGAUUUGCCGCUGCCAAAGCCAGAGUAUCUGAUCAGAGAUUCAUCGAGUUGUUUGACGUUUCCAGUCUGAAGCACUUUCCAUUGUCGUGUUCAUGUUCAAACAGAUAAUUCCCUGAGAUCAUUAGUUUCAUUCCCAUUGUAUUUGGUGGCUGCAAUUACAAUGACGCUACGCGACUGUUUCUUUGUCCUGUCUUUAAAAGAGUUUGUAAACCCCGUCUCCACAUGAAUACUUUUACUUCCAAAAUCGGUUCAAUGUUAAAGAACAAAUUCAAAAACAA